AUGGGAUUUAUGUCUGCUCCGGCUAGAUUUAGUGCCGUAGUUGCAGUAGUCCUGUUGGCUGUGGCGCAGGUGUCUGCAAAUGCCAAGUGUGAGAACAUCUACAAGGACUUCUCGGACUGUGUCCUAGAGCUGGGGGACAGCAUGGACAACCAGGACGAGAAUGUGACCAGUACCAAAGGCGUGGAGGCUGUCUGCAGCCACUGGGAGGCCUUCCACUCCUGCGCGCUUACCGCCCUGUCAGAGUGCCAGGAGGAGGUGGGGCCCAUAUGGGAGACGUUACGGGCGGACUCCAGGAAGCUCCGCUUCCAAGGCAGCCUGUUCGACCUGUGCAGCCCCAACGCCGCUGCACCCAGCCUGGGCUUGGCCGGGCUCCGCGUGCCCCUGCUGCUACUGCUGCUUCCCCUGGUGGUCCAACUGCUGUCAGGGCUGGGGCCCUGCUCCAUCUGGCUGCCCCUAUAG